AAUAAAAUAAUGAAAAGCAAAACCCUUCUUUCUUCUUGAACUAAAAAAAGAAAGUAAAACUUGCUGCUUUGAAAUGAGCUUGGACUCUGCUACUCAAGUAGUAAUGGAAGUGUAAGAAACAGCAAACUGAGGAGGAAAAUGCUUUGUAGCCGUGAGAUCUUCAGUUUUUUAGUGAGGAAAGAUGUGAGGAAGAUACUGAAGCGGAAGGACAGCGAUGCUGGCGAAAGAGGAAAAGCCCUGGAGGACUUGCGUGCUUCUCUGUUUAACAAAUUCCAUUCAUCUGAAAGUGCAAAGCGUCAACAGCAACGAAGUUGUGGCCCUGUUGCUGCUCUUACAUUUAACUUUAUGGUUGCAGUUGGUAUUAUUUUCAUGAAUAAAUGGGUACUUAAAAAUGUUGGGUUCCAGUUUCCAGUAUUUCUGACUUUUAUUCACUAUGCUGUCAGCUGGGCAUUGAUGGCCAUUUUGAAUUCUUUUUCUCUCCUCCCAGCAUCUCCACCCUCAAAGUCAACCCCUUUGUCUUUGUUUACUCUUGGCAUUGUCAUGUCAUUAUCUACUGGUCUUGCAAAUGUCAGCUUGAAAUACAACAGUGUGGGAUUUUAUCAGAUGGCUAAGAUUGCUGUUACGCCAUCUAUUGUCCUUGCAGAAUUUAUAUGGUAUAAGAAGAAAGUCACUUUCUCCAAGGUGAUUGCACUAACAGUUGUAUCUAUUGGUGUUGCAAUUGCUACGGUUACUGAUUUACAAUUCAGCCUCUUUGGAGCUUGUGUAGCAUUGGCAUGGAUAAUACCUAGUGCUGUCAAUAAAAUCCUUUGGUCCAACAUGCAGCAACAAGAGAAUUGGACAGCAUUGUCGUUAAUGUGGAAAACAACACCAAUCACUUUGCUUUUUCUGGUUUCUAUGAUUCCUUUCCUUGAUCCCCCUGGUGUGCUUGCCUUCCAUUGGAGCUUCAAUAAUACAUCAGCUAUCCUCAUGUCAGCUUUUCUUGGCUUCUUGCUUCAGUGGUCAGGAGCUUUGGCACUUGGGGCAACGUCUGCUAUUUCCCAUGUAGUUCUUGGACAAUUCAAAACUUGUGUUCUGUUUCUUGGAAGUUAUUACCUUUUCGGCUCAAAUCCAGGCACAACCAGUAUUUGUGGAGCGUUUGUAGCUAUUGGUGGCAUGUCCUUUUUCACAUACCUCAAUUUACAUGCUAAGCAGCAACCGUUGCCUUUGAAAGUUUCCUCCUCUUUGCCAAAGUCUAAGUUGAGUGAAAGCAAUGGGGAGAACCGGGAUGGAUUUGGAGCAGAAAGUGUUUAACAAAAAGAAUUUUCCAUGGAUACUACUUGGCAUGAGAUGCUAAAAGUCUAUUAACCUAAUGCUUUGCUUACAGAUUUUUUCGGAAUCUAAUCAUGUCAAUGUUCAUAGAGUAACGGAUUCAAGUAGAGUUGCAGCUUUUGACAAUAACCUUCCUUUAACAGCUGUUGUGCAAGAUGUAGCAAAGUGCUUUAUUAUUAUGUUUAUGGUUCAAGCAUUGUACAUAUAUGAUUGAUUUAAAUGAUUUUACACUUGCAAAAAA